AGUCGCUUUUAAACCGCGAGAUCGACCACAUGGAAGCGCGCUGAUCGUUCGUUCGUCCGCUCGGUCGCAGUGAUCUACGUCGUAGGUUGAAAAUAAACUUGCCGGUUGUUGAUAUCGUCGCUGCCGUCGGGUCAUGGUGCGGUUAUGGUAAUAGUCGCGAGUGAUAACAAAUCGUGUCGAACCGUCCCGGCCCUGAGAAGGCCGUGUACUAAUUCGCAAAAUGCAAAAUUAAAAACCAAUAGUGAGUGAACGCACGGGAUGCCGGUAGGCAGCAGGAUUGGAAUGGUGUCUUGUUUGCGUGAAAUGCUGCGAAUCAAGUGGAAUUAAUCGUAAUUAAACAUCGAUUGAGUGUACAGAAACCAGCGCCGCCGUGGGCCCCCGAGCAGCCAGCCAGCAUUCGUCGAGGUGAAGUUAGUGUCUGAUCGAGUUAGUCGGGGUGGCUUUUGGACAACGGAGCAGUUCAGUAGCCGGAAAAAACGGUAAAUCACAGAUUUAAGUGCUCGCGGGUGCCAGUAUUGAGUGUGUGUGCGCGCAUAUGAAUAAAAGCGUGUGGAAGUUUUAAUGCGCUUAAUUUGAUGGGAAAAUUCGAACGUUGUGCCGCGUGGAGGGAGUGGGUCUACCCGCCACAGAUUUAUCAUUGAUGGUCGAAUUUGUUUGCAUUCGAUUGCGCGUUGUUUGAUGCUGUAUGCUCGUUCGCACAGAAGCGAGUUCCCGUAGUUCACGGUCGAAGCUAUUUUUGUUUACGCUGAGUGGUUGUGAGAAUAUUGAAACUGGAUUGGCGAACAGUGUCAAAGAUUGGAUGGCGAAUUGGAUAAUUGAUCGAAAUCGAUCUCGCACGGACGAAGCUCUCCAACCUACGUUACCAGCUCGUCCAGCAUCAUCGUAAACAGCGUUCCAGUCCAGUUCCAUAUUCCCAUGUGAAGGAAUCCGCCCCGGUCCUACUCAUCGUCGUCGCCGCCGCCACCGUCGCCGUAGUCAUCGUCCACGGUCAAUGAAAAUCGAAUUGUCCGAGGCGAACGCCAAGUCAACGCACACAAAGUCAUAUCGUACCGCCGCGCCGCGACGGACGGGACACGACAGAGAAAAAAGGCCAUCUCAUUCGACGAUUGAAUUAUGCCCCGGCAUGCGUCCACCUAAUGAUCCGUUGUAGUCGUCGUCGUCGUCGUUGUCAUCCAGUGCUGUGCCGCCAAGCCAUCCAAUCAAUGGAACCGUGUGUCAUUGUUUUCCUGGGUCGCGUUUCCUUAGGGCCGUGUGACGUUCAGUGAUGUAAGCUCGCCUAAUUGACCCGAAGUGCGUCUUCAACGGAGCCUGGGGUUGGGGUACCGAGGGUUAGGUAAAUCGAGACGGGACGAACUGUGUGCCGUUGCUGAUUCUCAAAGGAUUUUCGAUCUACGUACUUUGUUGCGUAUAAGUUAGAGUGGACUAAUUUGAGUAUGUUCCUUAAAACACGAAACGUUGUUUUCUUUGUUGCAUCGUGAUAAGAAAAAGAAUUUCAAACCAAAAGCCUACUAACGACAACACAUGCUUAUAUUCCAGGAUAUUUCUUCUUGAAUUAUAAUGAGGAUCUAUUGAACAUUUUCAUUAACAGUGGCUUUCAAGAUAUUAAAGUUAAAAUUAAUCUUGAAGAAUAUUGAAAUUCAACCCUAAUACGGGUCUUGUGCUUACGUCAGCCGUGCUUUAACGACGCGGCAGCAUACCUAAACAAAGCACCAUGAAUCUUAUUGGGACCCAUCCAAAUAGUGAAACGAAUGCACCGGAAAAUUGGGAUUUCUCGUCGUCUUCGUAGCGAGUUUGCACAGAAAGAGAGGAAGAGUGCAGUGUUCAAUUUUAAAAUUUAUCUUCCGAGUGGAAUACGAGUGCUCGUAGUGCGUCCAGCGGUGAUUCGGUAUCGUAAAUAAGGUCCUGCAGUGAGUGAGUGAGAUUUUUGUUUCGAGAAAACUUUUCCGCCAUCGUUUGUGGCCGUGGUGUACGAAAUGGCCAAGAAGAAGAAAACGAAGCAGUCACCGCUCCCGACGGUGGUACCGGCGGCGUCUAGCAGCAGUGCCAGCGGAAUCCAUUUCCACCAGAACGGUGGCGCCCACAAGAAGCUGCACAAAACUCGUGACUCGGACUGCUGCAGCAUCAAUUUCGUUAAAUACGUGCUCCAUAUAUUCAAUAUCAUCUUUUUCAUGUCCGGUCUGGUGAUAAUGGGCAUCACGGUGUGGACCGUCUUCUGGAAGCAUCAGUAUAUCUCGCUACUGUCGACGACCAACUAUGCAAUCGGAACGUAUUCGCUGCUGGCGGCUGGUCUUCUGGCGCUGAUUGGUGGAAUCAUUGGGUGCUGUGGAGUAUGGCGAGAGCAGCGACCAAUGCUGCUACUGUACACCUUCAUACUGCUGUUCGUCUUCCUGCUGGAGGCAAUCGUCGGCGGGUUGGCUUACCUCUACGAAACGCAGAUCGAACUGGAGCUCCAGCACAGCCUCAACAGUACGUUCAUGGAGCAGUACGGUGUCAGCGUGCGGCAAACCGAGGCCAUCGAUCGAAUGCAGCAAGAGUUCGGCUGCUGUGGCGCGGUGCGAUUCGAGGACUGGCGAUACAGCGUGUGGUUGCGGUCUCGCCGGAAGGACCUGAUCAGACCGACCGAGGGCCGCCGGGUGCCGGACUCGUGCUGCAUCAGCAUGACACCAAAAUGCGGCCUCAGUGACGGUCCGAGCAACAUUCCUUACACGGGCUGCAUCUACAAGAUGGCAGACGAUCUGAAGCAUCACCUCAUCCUGCUGGGUGCCAUCGGGCUGGGCAUUUGCGUAAUUCAGGUGUUCGGCAUGAUACUGUCCUGCUGUUUGUACGUGAAGCUGAAGGAUGUGCUCGAUUGACAAAAGCCAGCGGAUCCAAUAGUCGAACUAAUGGAUCCGCUGCCAGAUAAUAUCAGCCUUAUCUAUGGCUAUGACGACCAAACGAUUUGAGCUCGCUUACCGGUGAUUGAUGCCAUCGUUGUAGGUUGAAGCAACGAGGCAUUUAUCAGAUUGAACUCAACGAGGAAUAUUGUAAGUAAUAGGAUUACGAUGAGAUGUGAAAUGUUAUAAACUAACAGUUGUACAGUUUGUAAGUAGGAACCUUAACUAUAGUUUUAUCAUGUUGAAUGAUUUCAAGAUUCUAUAUCAAGAGAUGUUACUGAAAUAUUAAUUUAAAGAAUUAUUUAUUGUAUAGAAGGAGCGUACAGACCUUGUAAAAUAUGAAAUCCAAGCGAUGUGGAGUAUAGUCAAUAGAACCUACUAGUAGUAUCGUAAUCACACAAAGCCAUAUCAAAUCUACAUAAAUAACAAUUAAUAAGAGGAGAACAUGGAAAUUAAACUCAGAA